GUUUCUCACAAUGGCGGGUCUUGUUGACUUCGUUAUUUCUCUGAUCCAAUUAAUCUGUCCACAGCCAUGCUUUGACACAUUUUUCGUGCACUAUGAUUUCUUUCAUAUUGACUGCAUAAAGCUGACCGUCAGCAAAAUAUUCAGCUAUGGUAUCAUCAUUGGUUCCGUGUUAGUGAAACUACCUCAGAUUAUCAAGAUCGUCAACUCCAAGAGCGGUAGAGGAAUUAAUUUAUUUAGUGUCACCAUGGAGCUAGGAGCCAUAAGUGCUUCUGUCUCUUAUGGAUAUGCUUCAAAAUUCCCAUUCAGUUCUUAUGGAGAAUCAAUCUUCUUGGCAGUGCAGACACUUAUUGUUGGGAUGCUGGUGCUAAGUUACCAGCGGCAGAGCUUACACGUGUUGCUGUACCUAGGGACCUACUGCACUAUAAUGAGUGUAUUGCUCUCGUCAAUGAUGCCAUAUGCGUUUCUGAAAUUCUUGCAGACGUCCAUUAUUCCUGUCAUCACAUUCAGCAAGUUACUUCAAGCCUUCGAAAACUACAAAAACCAGAGCACAGGACAGCUAUCUGCUAUUACUAUAUUCCUGUUGUUUGCUGGAGCUUUAGCUAGGAUCUUCACAUCAAUGCAGGAAACCGGUGACAGUCUGUUAAUGACAACAUUUAUUGUGUCCGCCUCUCUCAACGGUCUGAUAGCAUUCCAGUUGCUUUAUUACUGGAAUUCUACAAACGCCAUCAACGCAAAAUCAAAGCCGAAGACUUCCUAAGGAUUCAGAAAGAAUUAUGACUAAUAAUAAUUAUAAUAAUAAUAAUAAUAAUAAUAAUAAUAAUAACAAUAACAGCAAUAACAAU